AUGAUUGUUGUAGUGCUCCUCGCGAUCGUCGCUGCCGCAGCGGCACAAGGAGAUCAGCCCCGGAAACCGACUCAUAGAGAACAAUUCAGAGUCAUCUAUGAGUGGCGCAGCAUAGACUUUGAGUGGGAAUCACCCGAGGACCGCGAUGUCUAUCUUAACUCCAGCCGAUACAUCCCACAAAACGUUUUAAUAUCGGGAAUAAAUUAUUAUGAAAAUAACAUAUUCUUAACACUACCCCGUAUGCUGGACGGCGUUCCCGCUACUCUAGCGACCAUACCGGCCUUCCAAAAUGAAACAACCGCACCGAAACUGAAACCCUUCCCCAGUUGGAAGGACAACGCCGUAGGGAAUUGCGAAUCUCUACAAUUCGUUCAAAACAUUGAAAUUGACCGGAAUGGAAUUAUGUGGAUUCUGGAUAACGGACGCAUUGGCACCCUUACAUCGAAACCAAACUCAAAAUGUCCACCUUCGAUCGUCUUAAUCGAUUUAAAAUCAGGUGAAAAUAAAUUAGAACGGAUACCAUUUUCCUUGGACGUAGUGAACCCUAAUACAGCAUACUUGAACGACCUAGUUGUUGAUAAUCGCGACGGUGACUUCGCAUACAUUACCGACAACAGCGCCGUUGACCCCGGCAUCAUCGUAUUUAGACUGAGCGACAAAAAAUCAUGGAAAUUACGUGACACUAAGUCAAUGUCUUCUCUACCAGAAGCUGCGAUAUUCCGCAUCAAUGGUACCACUGUGAAUUUACCUGUAAACAUUGACGGGAUCGCUCUCGGGCCACAAUUUUACACAGAAGAUAAAGCUGUCGACCGUACCGUCUACUACUGCCCGCUGUCCAGCUUUCACCUUUAUGCAAUUAACGCUUCGGUACUACAGAACGAAUCGUUAGCUGUUAGCAAUGGAGCUAUCGGUCCGUAUGUAGUCGACCUGGGUAUGAAGGCGUCUCAGACGGACGGUAUGAAGAUGGAUUCCACUGGUAUACUCUUUUUCGGUCUGAUUGGCAACUCUACUAUCGCGGAAUGGAACACAGCAACAGAUUUUUCAACAGGCCAGCGGACUAUCGCCCGCGAUCCCAACUACAUACAGUGGGUUGACCGUUUCAGUUUCGAUGACCGCGGUAAUGUUUACGUCGUUAUAAACAGGCUGCAUAACUUUGUGAAAAAUCAAGUAUCAUUGAACGAGGUCAAUUACAGAAUUCUUAAGUCUUAUACUGGUUUGAAAAGCUACGUGUUCGGUGAAGAUCUGAAGCCGGAGACACCCGUGACACCGCAUGGUGCUUCAUCAGCACCAAAACUUGCAGCUUCCAUGAUAGUGCUGGCAUUAGCACAUCUCCUCGCUUAA